AUGUAUGAAGAAAUGAACUUAAAAAUUGUAAUAGCUAAUAUACUUAAUGAGAAGCGAUAUAGCCAUUGUAGGUUAUGUUUUAAAAAUCUUACGGAACAAUAUGUUCGCUUUGAUGAUGCGGUAUCAUUGCACCCGGAAAGUGGUGUAUUUCAACCCCUAUCCGAAAUCUUACUUAAACUAUUGGGCGAAAAUAUAUGUGAGGAGAUAAAGGGUGUUGAAGCUGUGUGUACAGAUUGUGUGGACAAUGCACUGUUGUCAGCCCGCUUUGUAGAGAAGUGCCAAAAUUCAACACAAGCCUUAAAUGAAGUGUUCAAUAAUAUGAGCAAUACUUUAGAUGUGGAUAUAGAUAAUAAAGACAACAAUAAAACAUUAUAUGUUGUAAUAGAAGAUCUAGAGUCUAAACUAUUAGUAGUAAAGAAAACGGAUGAAAGAAACAGUGAUCAGGGAACAUAUGAAUGUGAAGUGUGCACGGAUAGUUUUGAUACAUUUACAGAAUUAAAAGUACAUAAUUUGACCAAUCAUGGUACUUUGACAUGUGAUAAAUGCUAUGAUACAUUUGAUAGUAAUACUGAAUUUUCCCUUCACGAGAGCCAGCAUCAUGUUUAUAAAUGUCCGGAGUGUCCACAAUACAGAAACACAGAAGAAAGUUUAGAAGACCACCAAAACAGGCUCCACAAUGUUUUCGUGUGUAAGGAAUGUGGAAAACGAUGUCGUGGCCUGUACAAGCUGCAAGUACAUGAAGAGAAGCAUAAGACGAAAAAUUCAUGCCCUAAGUGUGGAAAGUCUUAUACAACGAAGGAAUUCUUUGAUAGGCACGUCAAUUUAUGUCUCAACAACCUUAUAGAUCCUCAUCCGAUUAGAAGCAGCAUGGUUAAAUCAUACUCAUGUGAGAAAUGUGAUAAGGCUUACAGUACUGCCGGGGGGCUUAGAGUGCAUAACAGAUUUGCCCACGGAAAUGCUAAGCCACAUGAGUGUAAGGAAUGUGGGAAACAGUUCACCGCUCCUAGCUAUUUAAAAGUUCAUAUGAUAAAACAUACAGGCGAGAAAAACUUCAAAUGUGAUCUUUGUCAUAGUAAAUUUGUAUCCAAAGAGGCGUUAUUGUAUCACACUCGACGACACACUGGUGAAAAACCUUACAGUUGCAAAUACUGUAAUGAAAGAUUCGUUAAUGCCUCAACAAGGGCUGAGCAUAUCAAAUUCAAACAUGUGGGACCUACAUUAAUGUGUGAAAUAUGUUCUAGAAAGUUUGUCACAAGUCAUUUCUUGAAGCAACAUAUAAAUCGUCAUCACGAUCCUACAAGUAAACUCUACUAUGGCCGGAAUAUGAUCCCACCUAACUUGCCGCUUCAACAGAACAUGAAAAAGGUUGUUAUACACAACUGA